UAUUCCGAAAAUAGACGUUAUUGUGACAGUGACAGUGACAGUGCCAUUCGCAAGUAUUUGUUCAACGGGAUCCCUCCCCCGUCCCUCUAGAGAUGGGAGGGUGCAUUGGAUCUCAGAGAGACAACGGACCAUCAUCAGGCGAAUCAUCAGACGCUGCAGUUGCUCUAGGACGAAAUCAACCGCUUAAGCCAGAGAAACCAAAAUGGAAGAGUGAUGUCCCUUUGACUGAAGGUCAGCUGCGUAGCAAGAGAGAUGAAUUCUGGGACACCGCUCCUGCAUUUGAAGGAAGAAAGGAGAUUUGGGAUGCCCUUAAAGGGGCUGCCUAUGCGCUGGAGACAGGGGACCACACUUUAGCUCAGGCUAUCGUAGACGGGGCCAACAUUUCCCUACCCCAUGGUACACUAAUGGACUGCUAUGAUGAGUUGGGAAACCGUUAUCAGUUACCUGUAUAUGUUUUGAGUGCCCCGACCAACCUGAUAGAGGAAGCAAGUGAGGGAGACGUGGAUCAGGACGCUGAGAAUGCCUCCCCUGGACUGGAACUCCCCAUCAAGUUCCGAUUGUCCACCAUCAAUAAAGAUCUAAAGCUGUACGUCCGCACCACAGAUACUGUGCUUAAACUGAAAAACCGAAUCUUUGAAGAGACUGAGGUAGAACCAGCAAGACAAAGAUGGUUUUUUGCUGGACGUAUGUUAAGUGAUAAAUUGCGCAUUGAAGAUAUAAAAAUUCCCAAAAGUUACGUGGUUCAAGUCAUUGUAUCCCCAGAAACAGUUUUAUCCGAAGGAAGUUAAUUUUAAAAGAAGGACAUCCCAAAUAUACAAGGACUCUUCCUAAAUCAAUAGGAUGUGUCCCAGGACGACGAGGUGUUGUUUCAAACUGACUCAUUUACUUGAGGCUGUUCUGAGACGCUCUGAAUGAUAUCUGGAUUCCUGCAGGUAUACGUCUGGAAUCAUCGGGAUAUAUAGAUACAGGAUGUUAAAGGAGGGCAUGCUGUGCUUGUGUCCUAAGUUAACAGGAUAUUGGACCAAAGUCACAGCUCUUUAGACUUAUGUACAGUGACCUUGACAAUAUAGACAUGUAUUACAGCCACAUCUAUUCUAUAAGAGUAAGUCAAAUAGAGGUAGGACUUUUUUGUUACAUGGAUACACUUGUAUACAUGUAAAGUUCAAUACUUCACUUUGGUUAAUCAGCAAACAACACAUCUCAAUGUCCCUAACUAUGUACACUGACACCUGUCUCAUCCGAACACAAUGGGAAUAAAUAUUCCCUUUUGAAUAGACAAGUAUUUUGCAUGAUCAAAGGUGUGGUUUAAUAUUUAUGUACAAAGUACUGUCUGAUCUCGUUAAAGGAUUUGUUUUAUGUAGGUGUAUUAAACUAGGUAGGUUGAACUGUAUUAAACUUCAAUAGCAUAACAGGAAAUUCAAAUUUUAAUUUUGUAAACAUGGUUAUCACUUUUUUUCAGUUGAUGAUCAUUUCCUUAUUCAGAAUAAAUAUUUGCAAGAUUUAACUUUUACCUUAGUUCCAAUAGAUUGAUUGAACAAAUUUAAAUUUUUAUAAAAUUUUAAACAACCAACAUUUUCAGUUGUUGUUUAAAAACUGAUU